AUGUCCCGGAAGACGAUGGCAGAGGCACGGGGCAUCGUGCUGGGCUGGGGCCCGAAAAUGGGCGAGGACGCGCCCUUUCUGCAGCGCCUGUGGCCAGCAGUUCUAGCCAGUGCUGGCGAAGGGAACGGCCUGUCAAUAGGCGCGCCCAUCCUGGAACAUCUCCUUUCUAACUGCGCGAGGGACUGCCUCAACUCCCGCAAGCGGCGCGACGAGCUGUCUGCCGCGCUGACGCCCAUGAUCGAGGCGUCGGACGACUCCGCGGAGGCCGCGGCCGCCCUCGCACGAGCCGCCCUCGAAUACCACGACACCCACUUCCACAGCAACGGCGGGGUGUGUAAACUGGGUAAAUUCCAUAACAUCCUGUACGUGGUCGUGUCCGUGGUUGUGGAGCAGGAAGUGCAGGAUUCGGACACGGUGACGCAGCUGCUGCAGACGCUGCACCGGUGCGAGGGUGGGCUGGACCGCCUGGUGGCCCCUGCCCUGCUCGGGCCGAAGGUGUCGCACCUCCUCAGUUCGUGGCGCUCGGACACUGACUCGGCCGAGGAGGCCAGGCACCACCUGCAGUUCUUCGUCGACCACGCCCGGACGACCCGCCUAUUAUUGCCUCAGCCCAAAGGCCAGGCUAUGCGUAUGCUGGACGCUCCUUUGGUCACCCUUCAUGGCGCACCGCCCCUCUAUGUAGCCGUACAGGCUGAAGACGAAGACGCUGUCCUGCUUCUGCUUCAAAACGGCGCUAAACCUGCCAUCGGCGGAGAACUCUGCCCGUUCCUUCUGGCGCUGCGGCGGCUGUCAAGUCACGCGCGAGCCACCAUGGGCCAACGGGAACCCUGCUUAUGCCCGACUACCCUAUGUCCUUGUUUCUAUGAGCACCCCAUUCAUUUCCCUCUGGAGACUGUAGGAGUGUUUAAGCUGAUUCUCCGUGCCAUGGGACGGCGAAGAAUAGAACAUGACCCCGAAAUUCUUCACCCAAGAUUGAUAACAGACGGACUGCUUGGUGGGCCGCCCUCUCUUCGCCACUGGGCCAGGCUCAGCAUCCGCAAUUGCUUGCUCAAGAACUGGUCCCUCCCACACGGGACGAGGAUGCUAGGCCUACCGGAGGCUGUGGUCAGAUACCUUGAUUUGUACUGUGAUUAA